GAACUCCUGGUUUUGAGUUGCUCCUCUUCUCAACUCCGUCCCCCAUGUGUUUGGGCUUCCCUGAAGUUCUAGGACCUCACACCCAGUGACCCGCCUUGGCAGCCACCGCCUGCUGCCGCACUUUUGACGAAAAGAUGAAGCAUUCUAGCCCAUGAAAAGUAGUGUUAUAGUGACUUUUUAAAUGAAGACUUUGAUGUGAAGACUUAUACUUCCCAAUCUAUUCAUCAAGCUGUAAUUGCUGAACAACUAGCAAAACUUGCCCAAGGGAUCAGUCAGUUGGAUAAAGAACUACACCUACAGGUUGUUGCAAGACAUGAAGAUUUACUGGCACAAGCAACAGGGAUUGAGUCUUUGGAAGGUGUUCUUCAGAUGAUGCAGACAAGAAUUGGGGCUUUACAAGGAGCUGUGGAUAGGAUGAAAGCAAAAAUUGUGGAGCCAUACAAUAAAAUAGUAGCCCGCACGGCACAAUUAGCAAGGCUUCAGGUUGCCUGUGAUUUGCUUCGGAGAAUUAUUCGCAUCUUGUAUCUAAGUAAGAGACUCCAAGGACAACUGCAAGGGGGAAGUAGAGAGAUAACAAAAGCUGCUCAGAGUCUCAAUGAACUUGCUGCCUUCAGCUUAUGUUUCCUGGGGUAUUCAAGGAACUUAUUCUUGCAGCCCUCUGUGGGCAACUGCCAUCAUGCUGGACCUGGUACUCCAUAUUAUCUUUCUCAAGGAAUAGAUCUUUCUGGAAUAGAAGUAAUAGAAAAUGAUCUACUUUUUAUUGCAAGAGCUCGACUUGAAGUGGAAAAUCAAGCUAAGCGCCUGCUAGAGCAGGGUGUAGAGACUCAGAAUCCAACUCAAGUUGGAACAGCUCUUCAGGUUUUCCAUAAUCUUGGGACUUUGAAGGAUACUAUUACCAGUGUUGUGUUUGGAUAUUGUGCUGCUUUGGAAGAGAAUAUCAACAGUGCAUUAGACAUCAAAGUUUUGACUCAGCCUUCACAGUCAGCUGUGAGAGGAGGUCCUGGACGAUCUACCAUGCCAACCCCAGGAAAUACUGCAGCUUUUCGUGCUUCGCUCUGGACCAAUAUGGAGAAACUUAUGGAUCAUAUCUGUGCUAUAUGUGUACAGGUGCAGCAUCUACAAAAAGUAUUAACUAAGAAGAGGGAUCCUGUUUCACACAUUUGUUUCAUUGAAGAAAUAGUCAAGGAUGGGCAACCUGAAAUUUUGUAUACAUUCUGGAAUUCAGUUACUCAGAAACUUUCUUCUCAGUUUCAUACAGCAACAAAUUCUUCCAUGUUUUUGAAACAAGCCUUCGAAGGAGAAUAUCCCAAAUUAUUAUGUCUUUAUAAUGACUUGUGGAAGCGUCUUCAACAAUACAGUCCAAACAUCCAAGGAAAUUUUAAUGCAAGUGGAACUCCAGACCUUUAUGUUGACCUACAACAUAUGGAAGAUGAUACACAGGAUAUAUUCAUACCAAAAAAGUCAGAAUAUGAUCCAGAAAAGGCUUUGAAAGACUCACUACAGCCCUAUGAGGCUGCUUAUCUCUCAAAAUCCUUAUCUCGACUCUUUGAUCCUAUCAACUUGGUUUUUCCUCCGAGUGGGCGUAAUCCACCUUCCUCUGAUGAACUUGAUGGUAUCAUUAAAACUAUAGCAAGUGAACUAAAUGUUGCUGCUGUUGAUGCAAACCUCACAUUAGCUGUGGCAAAAAAUGUGGCAAAGACCAUUCAGUUAUAUGGUGUAAAAUCAGAGCAGCUUCUCUGUACUCAAGGAGAUGCAAGUCAAGUGAUUGGGCCUCUUACUGAAGGUCAGAAAAGAAAUGUGGCAGUGGUGAAUUCACUGUAUAAGUUGCACCAAUCUGUAACAAAGGUGGUUUCCAGUCAGAACUCAUUCCCUGCUGUAGCUGAGCAAACUAUAAUGUCAGCCUUAAAGACAAUUCAUGCUCUUAUGGGGAAUGCAGUGCAGCCUUUACUGACUUCAGUGGGAGAUGCAAUAGAGGCCAUAAUCAUCACCAUGCAUCAAGAAGAUUUUUCUGGGUCAUUAUCCAGCUCAGGAAAACCUGAUGUUCCUUGUUCUUUGUACAUGAAGGAGCUACAAGGUUUCAUUACUAGAGUUAUGAGUGAUUACUUUAAACACUUUGAUUGCUUGGAUUUUGUCUUUGACAACACUGAAGCUAUUGCCCAAAGAGCGAUUGAACUGUUUAUCCGAAAUGCUAGUCUCAUAAGACCUCUUGGUGAAGGUGGGAAAAUGCGACUUGCUGCUGAUUUUGCACAGAUGGAGUUGGCCGUGGGUCCAUUUUGCAGACGAGUAUCUGAUUUAGGGAAGUCCUAUCGAAUGCUGAGAUCAUUCAGACCAUUGCUCUUCCAGACAAGUGAACAUGUAGCUAAUAGUCCUGCACUGGGGGACAUUAUUCCAUUCAGCAUUAUUAUUCAGUUUUUGUUCACAAGAGCACCUGCUGAGCUGAAAUCUCCUUUCCAGAGGGCAGAAUGGUCCCAUGCACGCUUCUCCCAGUGGCUGGAUGACCAUCCAUCUGAAAAGGACAGGCUUCUCCUCAUCAGGGGAGCCCUGGAAGCUUAUGUUCAAUCAGUGAGAAGUAGAGAAGGCAAAGAAUUUGCACCAGUGUAUCCCAUAAUGGUUCAGCUGCUUCAGAAAGCUAUGUCUGCUCAAUAAUAAUGUGAAACCUUCGUUAAUCUACAUACUGCACUAACCCAAAAUAUGCAGUUACUAUGCAAUAUUGUUGAAGAUUGUAAAUGAUCUUGUCCCAUUUCUCUUUAACAUUUUGACUUUAGAUGUCAAAUUAGGAUCUUCAGCACAACCUCAUGGACCUGAUUUUUCCAGAAAUAACCCAACUUUUUUUCCUCCUGAUUUCAGAUUUUUGUAAUAAACUAGCUGAAGUUUCUUUUCCAUCACAUUCCCCUAUGGUUACAGUCUUUAAAAACAGGGAUAUGAUCAAGUGACAAUACUAGGUACUCUGCUUCCCCCAACCUGCCUGCUUCUGCAUUAAGUGUGUAGGCCAGUGGUUCCCAAAUAGGACUGCAUAUUCACAUCGUCAGAGAAAUUUUUUAAAUCAUGAGGCCUAAGUUUCACCCUAGUUGAUACAUUUUGGAGUGGUGGAAACUAGGCAUCAAUAUUUCUAAAAGCAUGUCCCUAAAGAGAUUCUAAUGUGCAGCAGUUUGUUAACCAGUGGCACAUCCCAAAGCUCAGACAUACCACACCACUAAAUGUUCUCUAAAUGUCAAACUAUAAUAAAGCAAGGUUUUCUUUAUACUUUGUCAUUUUAUUAAAAGCAGACAUUGGUGGUUCAACCUUGUAACAAAGAUGACAAGUUAAAAAUAAAUUUUCUUCUACCAGA